AUAAGCUCAAAAUUUAUUGAUAAAAUGGCAUCACCUGUUUUGAAUAAAGUAAGAGAGAGAUUAUUCUUUUUAUCUCCAACAGUAUAAGCAGGUUGGGAACCUGAAUCAAAGAGAGAAGAUUUUGAAGAAUUAAAAAUACUUGGAUAAGGUAUUGAUAUAAUAUUAUAUUAAUUUAAUUAGGGGCAUUUGGUGUAGUAAAGAAAGUAACUCAUAAGAAAACUAAUAUUGUAUAUGCUAUAAAAAUAGUUGAAAAAAAUAUGUUAAAGAAAACAAAUAUGGUUGAGUAAAUGUAGAAUGAAGUAAAAAUAAUGUAUUCACUUAAUCAUCCUUAUAUUUUGAAGUUAUAUAAUCAUUUUGAGGAUGACAUUAAUGUUUAUCUAAUUUUAGAAUUUGUUGGUGGAGUAAAAUUAAAAAAUAAAUUAGGGAUAAUUAUAUGGAGUGUUAUGGAGAUAACCAUAAAAGAAAUUUGAUGAAAAAACUUCAGCUAAAUUUAUACUUUAAACAUGUCUUGCCUUAGAGAAUAUUCAUUCUAAAAAUAUAGUCCAUAGAGAUAUUAAACCAGAGAAUUUACUUUUAGAUGAAAAAUAAGAUAUUAAAUUGGCAGAUUUUGGUUGGUCUAAUUUCUUAAAGCCAAAUGAAAUAAGAUAAACAUUUUGUGGAACUUUAGAUUAUUUGGCUCCAGAAAUGUUAGAAAAAUCUAGAUAGCAUGAUCAUUUAGUUGAUAUUUGGGCAAUUGGUGUACUUUGUUUUGAAUUAUUAACUGGAUUAAGUCCGUUUGCUCCUUAAAUUAAUAUCAAUAAUGAAACAUUUGUUGAAAAAACUACUAAAGACAAUAUAAUAAAUUUAAGAUUUUAGUUUCCUCCUACAUUCCCACAUUUAGCAUAAGAUCUUAUCAAAAAAAUAUUAGUAAAAGAAACAGGAAAAAGAUUUUCUUGUUAAUAAAUUAAAGAACAUCAAUGGAUUAUUUGUAAAUACCAUAUUUAUUUAACAUAUAGAAAAUACAUAACAUGUUAAAAUUCCAACUUCUUUAACGGUUUAAUAAGAAAAAAAAAUAGUUAAAAAUCCAGAAAUUGAAAGUUUAUAAAAAGAUGGAAAAUUGGUUUUUACCAAAGACUAAAUCUAUAGUUUUUCUAGACCUGAUUCUGUAAUAUCAAAUUUAAUAAUAUUAAGAUUAUUAUCAAAGAUUUCUUAUAAGGUGAUAACUCUGGUAGUAAAUUAGUUGAAGCAUUAAAUAAUAAAAUGAAAGAAAAAGAUAUCAAAAUAUAAACUUUAGAAAUUGAAAAUUAAAAAAAAUAAUAAGAAAUUAAUGAACAUUUAUCAAUUAUUGAAUUAAUGAAAAAAUCUGGAUAAGUAAGUUAAGAAGCUUAAUCUAUGCAACAUAAAUUGAAGUUAUCAGAUGAAAGAUAUUCAAUCAUGAAAUAAUAAUAUGAAUAAUAAUUAUCAAAAAAUAUAGAAUUAGAGAAAAAAAUUAGAGAACUUGAAUCUCAAGUAUCUUUUAUAAUUUACUGAAUAGAAUAAUUAAAUAGAAUAUAUGAAACUCAAAAUGAAUAAAUAUAAAGAAGAGGCAGGAUAAUUCAAGGCAAGAGCACAAAAAGCAGAAGAAUAAAUUUAAUAAAUGAUUAUCUUAGGAAAUAAUGAAAAGGUUCAACUUUUGAUAUUAUUUCUUAGGAAUUUCAAGAAGUACCUAAAAAAGCAUCUAAUGUAGAUGAGAUCUUAAAAUAAUUAUAAAACAAAUAUGAUCCAAAAUCUUGA